GUAAGCUUGUGUAUCAUCUCUUUCGUUGCGGGGCUCAUGUACUCGAGAAAUCAGAGUGGAAAGGCCGGCAGUCGACGUGGCAAGUGGUCUAAUUGCGGUCGCUAUUGGAUGGAGCGUACGAGCGGAAACCAGUACGCGCAACAUGCUGGACCCAGCGUACCAUAUCCGGUUGUUGCGGGCCCGGCUGCGCACCCAGCACCACCGGGCGUGCUUCCUCUAUACUACGCUGGUGGGCAGGUGCAUGCACCACCAGAAACUCAUGUGCCACCAGCUCCUGCUCCUGUUCCGACAACAACUCCUGGUCCUAUGCAGUACGAACCAGUACUCAACCAGUGGAGCCCGCAACCUUGGGGUCUACCCCAGCAGCAGCCUGCCCCUUGGCUAGGCAACGCACCAUGGAUGGGGAGCGUACCAUUCACACAGAUGUCUGCAGCAGUACAACCUGUUCAACAGCCUGCUCAGAUGGCGAUUCAGCCGCAGCAGCCUCCCGCAGUUCAACCAAACCCACACGGCUUUCACGGUGGGCAUGGUGGUAGCUCGGCGUCAAGUGGAGGGGGCAAAGGCCCGACCGUGAACAAUUUUCCCGGACCUGGUAAUCGGGCGUACUUCACCAAAGAGUACAUGGAGAUAUUGGAGAACAUCAAGUCCAACAAAGCAAUCGAUGCAGCCAAGAAGAAACUCGUCGGACCAAGAAUUGGACUUGUCAAGCGGAGCGGUACCCGGAGCAUCGAACCUCCUGAUGAAGGCAGCGGAGACGGUGCUCGCUCUGAAAAAAGCGAUGAGAUGAAAGCGUGGGUUACCACCACGUUGGGGGACUCUUUGAAACUCAUUAACUCGAAACUUGAUGAUGUGGACAAGAAGUCUAAGCUGGACGCUACGGAGCGAGAGGAGUUGGAACGCCUCCGACGGGAAGUGCAAGGCGGGAAUAAGGAACUUUCGAGUAAUGAGAAACGCAAGAGAAGUGACGUCCGCACUCCGAUGGAGAACUCUCCGUCGACAGCACGUGCCAAGCCAAGGUCUAAGGGCAGUUCGAAAACCAAGCCUAAGCGCAUCGAGCUAUCCGAUGACGAAGGACCAUCAGGCACUAAGCAAAACCUGCAAUCCAAGCUCGAAAGCACAAACAACGAACUAUCUGACAUUAAGCGGAUGCUUGCAGCACUUAUGUGCGGCCUGCCUGAUCCGAAAGGGAAGGCAAAAGUGGUCCUGCGAGAAGGGAAAGAACGGCAGGAGGAAGACGAUCUCGAAGAUGGGGACGUAGCUCAGAAUGCUCAAGUUAACGGGGAUGAGGAAGAUCCCGACGAGGACGGAUUUGCUGCGUACAUGAAGGUGCGCGCAAAGUACUAUGGGUCCCUACACUACACACAAGUACAGGCGUUGUGCAGAGAACGUGACGUUGAGUACUUCAAGAAGGAUGUUGCAGUCUGGGAACUCGCGAGACAAGACUUGCAAGAGUAUGCCGACUCACUGCGGGAGGAACGGGGAACUCGAGUGGGCGAUAAAUCUCGGAAAAAGGAAACUCCUUUGGAAAUCGACCGCGAUGAUGGCGACCUCGAUGAUGGCGGUGACGAUCAAGACACUGUGAAGGGAAACUAAUCCUUGGUAGUAUCUGAUCGAUUCGUCGCGCUGUCUCUCGAAUUAUCAGUGCAAAAAUGAUUUUCUAUCCAACGCUGUUUAACCUGCUCGAACGCAUUCAGGUGCUCUUAAUUAUCUUAGCAUGUUUAGAAGGCUAUGUGCGUUGGGGGCGAACUUACGUUCGCUUUUGGUUUCGCCUUAACCAUGAUGAAUGGAGUAGACUGAUUGACGCACACAGUUGCGUCUAUGCACUAUUGUCAGUUAAUCAUAAACUUGUGUAUGUGGUAAGACGGCUAGAUCCCUUCGUGAGCGCUGGUCUGAACACUGUCGUGCCGUAUGUGGGAAUAGUAAACAAAAGGUUCAUUC